AUGGCAAACGUAGCUGAAAAGCGUACAGCUGAAGAUUCUGACGAUGAAGUCAUUGGCCCUAUGCCUAGUUUAGCUGCUAAACCAAAUAGUAAAAGAGUUAAAGUCUUGAAAUUUGAGCAUCUAUACUUGGCCAAUUUACCCUCUGCCGAAUCGUACGAGAAGAGCUUAAUGCAUCGAGAUGUAAUUAAUAAUGUUUUGAUAACGAGGACGGACUUUGUUGUCACAUCCAGCUGUGAUGGCCACAUCAAAUUCUGGAAAAAAUGUGAUGAACUAAUUGAAUUUGUCAAACAUUUUCGUGCUCAUAGAGAAACCGUUGUUGACAUAGCUGCAAGUUGUGAUGGACUCUUAGUUGCCUCUGCCUCGACAGAUAAAUCUAUAAAAAUUUUCGACGUUAUAAAUUUCGAUAUGAUCAAUAUGCUAAAGCUUUCGUAUGUACCUGGUUGCUGUCAGUGGAUACAUACAUCAGAUUCUGCGGUUGCCCUAAUUGCGUGUUCUGAACGAAGCAAUGGAAAUAUUUACAUCUAUGAUGGUAGAGGUAAUAAUGAAGCAAUUCAAACCAUAACCUUACAUUCUAAACCAGUUACCUUUAUUGGAUAUAAUAGCGUAUUCGACGUAGUGAUAUCUGGAGAUGAAGCGGGUAUGUUAGAAUAUUGGUCUGGCACCAGCAAUGAUUUCAAAUUUCCAGAAAUUCUAGACUUUGAAUUCAAAACUGAUACGGAUUUGUAUCACUUUGCUAUGCAUAAAACGGUACCGAUGUCUAUCUCAUUCUCGUCAAAUGGAAAAUUACUAGCUAUUGUUGCUGAAGAUCGUACGAUUUCAGUUUUUCGCUUCCUGAGUGGGAAAUUGAAAGUUAUAUUUAAUGAAAAAGUGGAUUCAUAUGAUAGAGGUCUAAAGACUGGAUCGCAGCUGCCCAACAUGGAAAUUAAUCGACGCAUUGCUGUUGAACGUGACAUUGAGAAAGCAGAUGGAUUAUCUCAUGUAAAUGCAAUUUUUGAUGAUAGUGGGCAUAUGCUAAUAUACGCAACCAUGCUAGGAAUUAAAGUGAUGAAUUUACAAACAAAUACUUGUAUCAGAACACUUGGAAAGGCUGAGAAUGUGCGAUUUCUUAACAUUGCUUUAUAUCAAAGUAAACCUAAGCAGUCUGGUAUAUCAAUAGAGCUUGAAGCUAGUACAAAUUCGAGUUCACAAAAAACAACCUCAGAUCCAAUGAUUGUUAGCACUGGUUGGAAAAAGAAUAGAUUCUAUAUGUUCUCGACAAGAGAACCAGAUGAUACGAAAGGAGCUGAAGUUGAUCGGGACGUUUUUAAUGAAAAACCAUCACGUGAAGAACAGUUGGCAGCAGUCAAGGACUCAUCCAAUGUUAUGCUAGGCGACUCUUCAGUAAUGCAUACUACAAUGGGAGAUAUUCAAAUAGAACUAUUUCCUAAAGUAGCUCCAAAGGCUGUAGAAAACUUUUGUACUCACUCAAAGAAUGGUUAUUAUAACGGGCAUAUAUUUCAUCGGGUCAUUAAAGCCUUUAUGAUUCAAACUGGAGAUCCAUUAGGAACUGGUACUGGCGGAACGUCAAUUUGGGGUAAAGAAUUUGAAGAUGAAUUUCAUUCCAGUGUACGUCAUGAUCGUCCAUAUACUGUUAGUAUGGCUAAUGCUGGUCCAGGAACCAAUGGAUCUCAAUUUUUUAUCACGGUCGUUCCUACGCCAUGGUUGGAUAAUAAGCAUACAAUUUUUGGUAGAGUCGUAAAAGGAAUGGAAGUUGUUCAAAAUAUUAGUAAUGUUAAAUGCGAUCCGAAAACUGAUAGACCAUACGACGAUAUUAAAAUUAUCAGUAUUACAAUAAAGUAG